CUACUAGCCAGACUCAUUUACAACUCCUCCGAGCCAUCUAAUCCCGCCUUCAGGCGGAGUAUUAGCAAUGCGGUCUGCAUUACAAAAUAAUGCGCUCACUUCGCCUGAUGUACAUUAUUAAUGGGCUUCGGUCUUCGGUGGCCGCACCAGCACGAGAGAAGAGCGAAUAUAUUUGUAUCGUAUUUAAUAAUCAGUUCGGAGGCUGAGUACUCCUCCCUCUCCGUCUUACUAUUUUGCCUCUUCCAGACAUUCAAAACGGACUUGCUUAGCAAGCCACCGCAAGCGUGCUCUAUAUAUCACGGUCCCGCAGCGUCUGAUCUAACUGCCCAAAACCGAUAUAUACUACAGCUAUCGCCCCGGUCUCGUACUGCAACAUCCACCAACGAUAACGAUAUCAUUUCGGCACUCCCUCACCGACACUCCGAGCCAAGUCCAUAAUGUCCUCUCAAUUUACCUCCAAUGCUCGAUCUGACGCAGAUGGGCGCAACGAGAAUGUCCCAGGCCCUUCAGCGCCCGAGCCUUUCGCUCCUGAUGAUCAGGAGUAUGGAAAUGAGGAGAAGGUUAGAAGUCGAGCUGGGACUGGUCAGUCUGGCAAGACUUUCAGGAAUUCCUCUGGCGAGGAGAAGAGUUUGGAUGUAGAGGACGUACCGAAAGCGAGCGAAUUCCACGCUCCAGAGGCUAAAGCGACAAACAACUUGACUCCUGCCGCUGGAGUUGCUGCCGCGGAACCUGGAGGAGGCAAGCCAAAAUUGGAGAAGUUCAAAUAUAGCUUUUGGGACCCGGAGAUGGCCAUGUUCAGGAAAAUUGCCUUUAAGAUUUUGGGUGGUACCAUUGUGAUUACCACUAUUAUCAUGUGGUUAUGUCUCCCCUUCUAUUGGGGUUCUUUGUGGAAAUCCAACAGAUAUACCGACAAAUUGACCGUUAGAAUCAUCGACCGAGACGGCGGUGAAAUCGGCCAAACCUUUUCUCAAGGUCUCCUUUCUCAAACCAACCUCAACUACUUUGUAACAGAUCCCUCUGAAUUUCCUACCGCCGACGAUGUCGCUCAUGAUGUAGUCGAGGAAGGUGUUUGGGCUUCCAUUGUCAUCAAUGCUGGCGUCUCCGAUGCCCUUGUAUCUGCUAGAGAAAACGGUAAUUCUAGCUGGAGCGGACCGUCUGUCAUCGAUGUUUUCUACGCGCAAGCUAGGCAGGAAACUGCUAUCAACAGCUAUCUCCUUCCUUUCGUCCAGGAAGUUUUGGGUCAGCUUUGUUUCCAGUACAAUGCUCAGAGCGCAGCUACCUACCUCCAAGCCAACGUCAACAACGCCACUGCUCUCAGCCUCGUCGCUCAGGCGCCUACGACAAUCACCAACGAUGUAUGGUAUACGUUGAAUAACCUUAGGCCUUACAACCAGCCCGUCGCUCAGGCUAUUACCCUCGUCGGUCUUAUUUACAUGCUCAUCUUCUCUUUCAUCAUGACCAUGACCAACAAUGCUGUCCGUGAAAUCAUCGCCCCCUUCCUCACCACUCGAGCCUACAUCAUCUACCGACUUGUCUCCCCUAUCUGUCUCUAUUUCCCCGUAUCCUUCUUCUUCUGCAUGGUCAACUUGCCCUUUAAAAUCGACUUUGGCGCGCACUACACUUAUGCGGGCGGUUUCUUCCUCUGGUGGUUCGCUCUUUUCUUGGGUAUGUCCGCUGUUGGUCUCUCUACCGAGGCCGCGAUUACCGUGCUCGGUCCCAAGUUUAUGGCGUUCUUCCUUGUGCCCCUCAUUAUCGUCAAUGUGUCCGUCGUCAGCUUGCCCCAAGAGUUGCAGCCUUGGAUCUACCGAUACGGUGUCGCCAUGCCCUUCUACAACUGUAACCAUAUUGUUCGAACUAUCAUCUUCAACACCAAGAACGAAAUCGGCCAGAAUAUGGGUAUCCUCGUUGCCUGGGUCGCCCUCAACUUUAUCACCAUCUCUCUUGGUACAUGGCUCUUCCGAAGACAAAGUAUUAAUCAGCAUAACAAGGAAGUUGGCGAGAACGAGAUGGACAGCGCAGACAAGGUCUAAUUCCAUCAGUUGAUCGAAUGGGAAUUUGAUUUCGAUCGGCCAGGGUUUGGUGAUAGUUGGGUCUAUUUGUUGGGUAUCUUCUACUGUAUCUGGGACAUUUUCAGUUCUUCGUAUCAUCUAUUAAUUAGCUUCGCGUCAUUGCUUCGUGAAAG